AAAAUAUCAGCUGUUGAUUUUGAAUUGAUCAUUAUUUUGCAAUUGCAUCUACAAAGCAAAUGCUGUAAUUCGAUCGAUUUUUGAAGCUUUUUUAUUGAUGACAGAAAUAUAUUGAAGUUGAAACAUAUAUAAAACUUUCUUUUGGUUCUUUAUUUAUAAAUUUCAGUUUUAAAUACAUAACAACGAGCACAAAUAUUCAGGUGAACUGAAAUCUUGAAAUCUAGGAAUGGGCAAUACAGUAACAGCAGCCGAGAUAGCUGCCGCCCAAAUAGUGAAGCCAGUUGGCUCGGAAGAGUCCAGCUGGCAAGGUCAGCUGCCUCCGGGCCACCCGCCAAUCAGCAAGCACCAACAUACCAGCAAGAUGAUGUCGUCAUAUGCGGGCGAAAUACCACCUGAGUGUCCCAUGCAUCGACCGCUCAAAACACCUCCGCAAACAGCCGGGGGAUGUCCAGUGGGCGCCGAUAAGAUGACAGACGUUGAUCCAAGAAAUAUGAUGCCACCUCCCAACCAACAGCCCGCCCCCGAUCAACCCUUUCCACUGCCACUAGACAGAGAAACGUCUUCGAUUCCAAAAGCUGGCGAAGAGGGAGGGUUCUGGGUCUACCCUUCGCAACAGAUGUUCUGGAAUGCCAUGCUAAGAAAGGGAUGGAGAUGGAAGGAUGAUGAUCUGAAACCGAAAGAUAUGGCCGAUAUUAUACGCAUCCAUAACGCUAAUAAUGAACAGGCUUGGCUUGAGGUGUUGAAGUGGGAAGCACUACAUGCCCAAGAGUGUAUGAACCCGAAAUUGAAGAGUUUUGGUGGCAAGGCUAAAGACUACUCACCUCGAGCCAGGAUUCGUCAGCUUAUGGGUUACGAGCUUCCUUUCGACAGACACGACUGGAUUGUGGACCGUUGCGGCAAAGAUGUGCGCUAUGUUAUCGAUUACUAUGAUGGUGGAAAUGUCGAUGAAAAUCAUCGAUUCGCCAUUUUGGAUGUGAGACCUGCUAUGGACAACUGGGAGAACAUUUGGGACCGUAUGAAGGUAGCUUACAUGAGAUGGAGAUACACGUAGACCUAAUGAUACAGUAUCGACGACUUUUGUAUCAUGUGCAGUUCUGUGUGUAGCCUGGGUGUAAUUGGGCCAUUCUGUAUUGAGAACCUUGGUUGUACUUCUUACUACAAUCUAUGCUUUCUCUAUGUUACAAUAUUAUGAUAGUAAAUAUUUUGUGUCAUUCAUAAGGAUAAUUUGAAUUGAGAAGGUUCUAUUUAAGGUUCUUGGGUGCUAUUUAGCCACCCCUAUUAAUUCAUUCAUAACUUGUUAUAUAUUAGAAUAACUUACUGUACCAUUGUUGUAAUUCAACAUUUAUGUACUUGGCAACUUAUUUAUCAUCAAAUGAAUGCAGUUAUGACAUAUUUAUAUCAUAUAUAUGUUAUGAUUCAUUGACAGCUCUGUAUCAAAUAUGCUUCUAUAUUGUAGCUGAGAUCUAUCUUAUAACAAUUUUAGGAACUUCUCAAUCCCUUGAGAUUAGAGAUAUGUUUUCUUGUUUAAUGUAUAGUUUUGACCUCUCUCCAUGAUAUCAAAAAGUUGCAAACUGUUAUUAUAAUUUGUGUUUGAUACACUAGGUGUGUGUAUCAUGAGCAGCUCUAUUUGUAGCCUGGGUCCACGCUCAUCUUAUAAGACAUACUCCCCACAAAGAUUGGAAAAUGUUGAAUAUGAAUUUACUAGUCAGCUAUCCUUCUCCCCAAGGUUUAAAUACAUUGUGCUAGUACAAUUGGUUGAUAUUACAUAGAUAACCCUGGCAUUUUCAAGGUUCAUAGAUUAUUUUUGGACAAUUUCUGUCCAAAUUUGGGAAAGGGACAGUUUUGGGCUUUAAGCCUGUUGUUCCUUCCCCAAUCAUUCAUAGUUAAGAAUGGUAUUUUAUCUAUCAAUGUAUAAAAAAAAAUUAUUAUUACUCGAAUGUUUUUUGUUGAUCAGAAAUAAAAUCAUUUCAGUGAUUACUUUUGUCAUUACUUCACGGCACAAAAAAGAGGAUUCGUAUAGAUCAAAUAUUAUGUAAUCUCAAUUAUAUUUCAUCAAUCGUCAAUGUGUUCAUUUAAUUGGUCAGUCUAUUUUAUUGUAGUUUUACAGUUAAUAGAUUGUUGUAAAAUUUAGUAUCUAGUGCAUGUUCCUAUAGUUCUUGUCAUCUGGGUAGCUUCCAACGUUUUUUGUUCAGUUAGAACAGUAAUUAUUAUAGAAAGUGUAUAAAAUGUGUACAAUUUGUUGAUGUAAUGUUUUAACAAUGUAGUUGCCUGUAGAUGUUGCUGUAAUUUUAACUCAAUAUGUUGUAGAAACACAGCUUUUGAAAUGUGAAUAUAGAAAUUUCUUCGUGUGAA